AUGGGUGCCCAAUAUUCAUCAUUAAAUGAGUUAAAAUCUAAUGAAUAUCUAUCACGUUUUGUUAGUGAGGAAAUAAUAUCAGUUAAUGAUCCAUUUUGGAAUCAAUUUCUUUCAUUUCGUCUUCAAUCUCCGUUUACAACUGCUCAUUCAAAAUUAAUUGAUGAAUCGUGUUCAAUAUUUCUUCAACAAUUUGAAGCUAAUAAUCCAAAAACAAAUAAUUAUGGAACACUUAUUGAGGUGUUCAUCCGUUUAGCUACUGCUGUUCGUGAUGAAUGUGAUGAUAAUAUUGUAACAUGGCAAACAUAUAGUGCUUUAUUUAUUCUUCGUUGUAUAACAAAAUAUUUUAUUGAAAUUGAUUCGGAACAAAAUCUCUAUCCAUAUUUUUUACCACAAGAUAAUUCAGAUCGAGUAUCAUUAAUGAGUUUUUUUGUUGAUAAUUUAUUUCGAGCGUCAAUCGAUAUAUGGCAGAGUGGUAAAAUAAAAUAAAGACUAAGGAUACUGAUACAAUCCAGAAGAUGAAACAACUGAUUUCAAUCUAUAGUUCAUUCUGCAAUAAUAUGAC